AUGAAAAAUGAAAACAUAGUGGCCUACUAUGCUUCUUUUGUUGCACAAACAGAACUAUGUAUUAUCAUGGAUUUAUGCCAAAGAGGUUCAUUACUUGAUGUUAUUAAGUAUACACAGAAUAAACGGGAUAUCACUUACGGGGUUUUUGAUGAAAAUACAAUAGCUACAAUCUUACGUGAUGUCCUACGCGGAUUAGCUUACAUCCAUGAAAAUGGUCUAGUUCAUCGUGAUUUAAAAUGUGGUAAUCUCUUGGUCAAAGAUGAUGGAAUUAUUCAAAUAGCAGAUUUUGGUGUGGCUGGAUUCUUGGCAACUCAACCGUUAACUGCAACUGGUAGUGUUGAUCUACGCCGGUAUACAUUUGUCGGUACACCUUGUUGGAUGGCACCAGAAGUUAUGCAACAGGCUCGCGGUUAUAAUCAAAAAGCAGAUAUCUGGUCAUUAGGUAUUACAACUAUUGAAAUGGCAACUGGUCAAGCUCCAUAUGCAAAAUUUGCACCAAUGAAGGUAUUAAUGCUCACAUUACAAAAUGAUCCACCGGAUAUUGAUAGUGUAGCUACAGUGAAUAAUCAGUAUUUAAAUUAUGGACAUAAAUUUCGUAAAUUCACUAAAGCUUGCCUUAUGAAAGAUCCAGGUCAACGAUUAUCUGCCAGGGAAUUGCUUAGUCAUACGUAUAUAAAAUCAAAAGCAAAGGAUCGUGAUUUACUCUGUCGUGUUCUACUCGGUGGUGAAAUGCCUCCACCUGUAUCUCGAGCUCAUAAACUUACAGAUGAACGAUCAGAAAAACGUGACGCCAAGAAUAACAGUACAGAAUGGAAUUUCGAUACAGUCGACAGCGAUGAAGAUAGUGAUGAAAGUGAUUAUCAAGCUGCUGCCACUGAUCGUCCGGGUCAUAUGCAACCACGUGGUUCAACCAGUGGAGGUUUCGAUUUCCCGCCAGAAUUGUUAACUCAGACGAAUGCAACUACAGCUGUGCCUGGUGGUUCAUCUCCGUCGGCCGCAGCCGCUGCGGCGGCAGCUGCAAUAGCUGGAGGUGCUGGUGCGGUUGUCGGUGGUGGUGCUGUUACACCUAAUGCACUUGGUACAGAAAAUUAUAAUAUUGCUGUUUGUGGAUCAUCUUUCCCUCCAGCUCCAGCGUGUACACCUGCUUCACCGGAGACAGCGAAUUCAGUUAGCGCUAUGGCAGCAGCAUUUGCCAGUACACUGACUACAAAUGAUCCGAAUGCUCAACAACAGCAAACACAAGCAAAUGAUGCACCUGUUGGUUUGUGUUAUCGAAUAACACUGCGUAAACGGAAUCCAAAACAAAAUAAUGAACUUCAAGAUAUUAGCUUCAAUUAUGUUCCAGGGAAAGAUUCUGCAGAUGUUUUAUCACGUGAACUAGUGGAAGCUGAUCUCCUUGAUGGUUGUGAUCUAUUAUUGGUUGCACAUCAUAUGAGUGAAUUGAUCAGUAAUCCAGCUGCUCGUGAACGUGUAUUUCCAUUGAAUUCCCCACCAGCUCCUGGUCAAGUUCCUAUCGAAACAGAACUACAUGGUUAUGCUAAAGUACUUAUUCGAAUUAUUGGUACACCAACAGCAUCGUAA